AAGUAAAAUUGCACACAGCUGCCAACACAUGUAUAAAAUUGUUUAUUACGCCAACGCAAAAUUGCGUUUUUGGGAAAAUCUCUGCUAAAUUGUUCCGGCGAACCCAUCGUCGUCCUCCUUUGUCAACAUCCGACAGCAAACCUCGAUGGAGUUUUCCACGUCGGUGAAGAUCCUAGACCAAUCCCUCAUAUCUCCGCCGCCGCUCUCCGCCUGCGAGAGCCGGCCAUCUCUCCCCCUCAACUUUUUCGACAUGCUCUGGCUCAACUACAGUCCCGUUGAACGCCUGUUCUUCUACCAGUUCUCCGAUUCCUCUUCCCACUUCAUUGAUUUCCACUUGCCCAACUUAAAAUUCGCUCUUUCUGCCACCCUCUCCACCUUCUACCCUCUCGCCGCCACCAUCCGCCGCAGCCGCUCUGACGGCCGUUUCGAAAUCGCCCCCGCGCACACCGAUUCCGUCCCCCUCACCGUCACGGAAUACGCUGGCAAUCCCGCUGACUUUCUUGAUAUAUCCGGCGACCAUUCCCGGCCGGUCGAGAAGCUUCUUCCGCUGGUUCCCCGACUUCCGAUGUCGCGCGACGCACAGCCAUUGUUGGCCUUGCAGGUUACUCUGUUUCCGUACUUCGGCCUUUGCGUCUCCCUCGCCGUGCACCACUCCGCCUGCGAUGGGUUCAGUUCGAUGCAGUUCGUGAAGCUUUGGUCCGCUACUGCGGCCUCCAGUUUCCGACCGGACGACUUAGUUCCGCAGCUUCCAGCUCCGGUCAUGGAUCGGACAGUGAUUCCCGAUCCACGAAACCUGUACUUGCAGAUGGAGAAGGCCGUGCUCGAUGUCCGGGUUAAUGAAAAGAUGAUAACUUCGGGCAUCUCCGGUGGUGUUUACGCCGCCACCUUCACACUUUCAGCGCCGGAAAUCAGUCGGCUGAAGAAGGAGGCGCAGAAGAAAGCAGAGGAACAGGGGAUACCCUGUUUCCACUGUUCUUCUUUUGUGGUGUCCUGCGCUUAUUCAUGGAUCUGCUUACUGAAAACUCGUCACAAAACCGACGGAGAAGGCAAGGCGCACUUCGUCUUCGCAGUGGACUGGCGGCGGAGGAUUCAGCCGCCGUUUCCGGAGACCUCCUUCGGAACCUGCCUCAGCGGAUGCUUUGUGAAGUGGGAUGCCGAAGAGCUUCUAGCAAAAGAUGGAAUUUUGGCGGCUUGCGCGGCGAUAGGGAAGGCGAUUGAGGAGUUGGGAGACGCUCAUGAGAGUAUGGAUGGAGUGAUGGAUAAGCUUGGGGAGAUAGCGCCAUGGCGGCCGUUGUCGUUGGCGGGGUCGCCGAAGAUGGGGGUUUACGGGACGGAUUUUGGGUGGGGGAAGCCGAGGAAGGUGGAGGUGAUAUCGACGAGGGAGACGGGAGCUAUCGCAAUGGCGGAAAGCAGGAACGGAGAUGGAGGGAUAGAGGUUGGAGUUAUUCUGCCGGAGGAUAACUUGAAAGCUUUUGCAGAUUAUUUCGCUGGCGGUAUGGAUCGGUGAUCAAAUCUGGCCGUUUAUUCAGAAAUGGAGGGACGAAACGAAACGCAGAAUCACGCACAUGGUGACAGUGUUUGGAUGGCCGCAACGUUGUUGUUCUCCAAGGAUUUGUUUUCAUAUGUUGUGUUGCGUGUGGUCGUAGGAUUUCUUUUUUUAUAUUUUAUUUUGUACUUUUUCUUGUUUUUUUAAUUACUAAAUAAGAGGUGAAGGGGCCGUGGAAGUCUUCUUUUUAAGGAAAUAAAGUGAAAUAGUUGUUUG